AUGUUCAUGAUGGCAACCUUAAGCGCCGAUGGUAUUUCGCCUAUCCAACCUCCGCCAGUAAAACUGAGAGGAAGCUGUCAGACAUGUGCGCAAUCCAAGCUCAAGUGCAGUCAGGACAAACCUACUUGUGCACGGUGUGCCAAAAGAGGUACAACAUGCCAGUAUCUAGUCAGCAAGCGCGCUGGCCGCAAACAGGGCAGUAGAACAGGCAGCCUCAAGACUCUUAAAACAGACUACCAAUCCAUGUCUGUCGAGGAAAACGAUAGUCGAAAUGGGCUCCUGGAUGCGUCCACACAUUUGAUGCAGUACGCUCUUCAACAAGAUCGAAGCCUCGAUGCGUGUCGGGAAAAUUACCAUCAUCAGCGUACGCCGAGUUAUCCAGAGAGUAUCCCGAGCCUCCUCUCUUCUGCUGGCCCUGCAACCUCAGCUACAACUCCUCUUACAUUUGGACACCCCGAGUUUGACAGCUUUCUUGCUUCACCGGUGUCCUUGUCGUUUCUCGAUGCACCCGACGUGGACUAUUUUUCCGGAGCCCAGGUCAAUUUCAGAGAUCUCGAUGGAAUUCCUGACCCUUCGUUUUUCUCACCCAGUGAUCCAAUACCGAUGCUUGAAGACAACAUCCUCAAGUCCCCUUUUGUGGCGAAUUCUCCGGGCCCGGGGACUAUUCAGCCUUGCUCGCCUCCACUACCGGAGAUAUCUCCUAGCGGGGAUCCACCACAAUGCUUUUGUUUUGCUCGUUCACUAUCAUUGCUCCGUGAGCUCUUCCCAAACCCUUCGCUCAAUUGCAGGGCUACAAGCACAGACGACAAGAACUGUCCCAAUCACCCGACAAUCCAACAAGUUAUCGCUCAAAAUGAGCAAACCAUACAAGAUAUCAACCAAAUUCUGCAGUGUCCAUGCUCUCAGGACGGCUAUACACUCACUAUCCUUGCCCUCAUCGUCUUCAAGAUUCUAGCCUGGUAUGGUGCAAUAGCGUUGGAUGCUCCCAUGUCCGACGACAGUCAGACAUUUACAGAACAGGUCGACAGAGCACCUGCUGUAAUCCGGGGCUACCAUCUUGAAGGCGAAGACCAGGGCCGCAUGGCCGCACAGCUUGUCCUAAGCGAACUGUACCCCGUGCAAAGUCUAGUGAACACACUUUACCAGCGGCUGAAAGAUCAAGUGUCGCAGGGCAGGCUGCUCACUGGACCGGACAUAGUUCCUGUGGGGGCUCACGGACACGAAUCCAUCCUACCCUUGCACCUUCUGGACAAGCUAGCUGUGGAUCUCGGAACUCGGCUACGGGGAUUAUCCAAUGAGAUUGUUGAGCGAUUGCGGCGAGGCUGGUGA